AUGGCCAGUCCAUCGCCCCACAAGCCCCGGCGCAGGGGAGGAAAAAAGGGCAACGGAAAUGGCGGAGGAAGCAACAUCAGUACUGGCGACGAAAGCCACACUUCCCGCAAAGAAGCUCUUGUCAGGGUGCCUGUCUUUCCUUUAGCCUCAUUCUUGUGGCCUGCGCGAGGCUCUGUGUCAGAAUGGGAGGUUCUUCCCUUGAUACUCAUGGUAGCAGGCCUGUUCAGAUGGGCAGCUGGCCUUUGGGGAUACUCUGGUUUCCAGAAACCGCCGAUGUUUGGAGAUUAUGAAGCGCAAAGACAUUGGAUGGAGGUCACGACGCAGAUUCCUGUCUCCCAAUGGUAUUUCCAUGACCUUCAAUGGUGGGGUCUUGACUACCCGCCUCUGACGGCAUACCACAGCUGGCUCUGCGGCAAGAUCGGAGCCUUGAUCGAUCCCACCUGGUUCGAGUUGUAUACAUCUCGCGGAUCUGAUGACCCUACGCUCAAAAUAUUCAUGCGCGCCACCGUCAUCGUCUCCGAAUAUCUCAUCUAUAUCCCUGCCGUCGUUGUUUUCGUUCGACGCUUCUCUAGACACAGCGGUGUUCCCAGUUGGACAGCUUGGAUGGCCCUUGUCGCGAUUCUGUUGCAGCCCUCUACCAUCCUUAUCGACCAUGUUCACUUCCAGUACAAUACUGUCAUGCUUGGCUUUGUGCUGGCAAGCAUUUCAAGUAUGGUCGCUGGCCGUUACCUCUGGUCGGCAGUUUUCUUUGUUGCGGCUCUGGGCUUCAAACAGAUGGCACUCUACUACGCCUUUUCCGUCUUCUCUUUCCUUCUUGGAAGCUGUUUGUUCCCUUUGAGGCCUGGCCGUUUCUUCGGUAUUGCUUUGGCAACCGUCGCGGCUUUUGCUCUCCUGAUUCUGCCACUGGUUCUGGGCACACUCUAUGACGCCCAUCGAGGCAUCGACGCGCGACCUGACUAUGAAGGACCGCCUCCACCUCUGCCUCUAUUUCCUUGGGUCACCGACCUUCUCGACACAAAUGCUGUUUACUACCCAGUUGUCGAACAGCUCAUCCAGAUGGUCCACCGUAUCUUCCCUUUCGCGCGGGGCCUCUUCGAAGACAAGGUUGCAAACUUCUGGUGCGCCCUCAACGUUGUUAUCAAGCUCCGCGAUUACCCCCCCGAGCUUCUACAGCGCGGUGCUCUUGUAGCCACGAUUGCCUCCAUUAUCCCGCCAAACUUGAUUCUGUUCUUCCGUCCGCGCAAGUCGCUCUUGCCCCUUGCCUUUGCAACGACCGCAUGGGGCUUCUUCCUCUUCAGCUACCAAGUUCAUGAGAAGAGCGUGUUACUUCCUCUCAUGCCCAUGACUCUGCUCCUCGCUGGCAAGCAGGGAAUGUCGCGGGAUAUCCGGGCCUGGGUUGGAUUUGCUAACAUCCUGGGUGCAUGGACGAUGUUUCCCCUUCUCAAGCGAGUGGAUCUCAGCGUACCGUACGCUAUCCUCACUCUGCUCUGGGCUUACCUUCUCGGAUUGCCGCCAACAUCGUUGAGUGCCUAUUUCCAAGAGGAUCACCCAGCUUGGAGACAAUGGUUAACUGUCAUCCUUCAUGGUGGGUUCUAUGUUGCCAUGGCCGUUUGGCACGUAGUUGAGAGAUCAGUUUUGCCGCCUAAGGACAAGCCCGAUCUAUGGGUGGUCGCGAAUGUCGGUCUUGGCGCGGUGGGUUUCGGCAUUUGCUAUCUCUGGUGUUUGGUGCAAUUGGUUGCGCAAAGCGAUAUUCUACGCUCUGGUCGCAAUACAAAAGGCAAGGCAAAGAGCCAGUAG